CACCAACCAUAUUCAUAUUUCAUUUCAUUCAAAAGAUGCAACAGUUGGCCAUCAUAACAUACAUCAACAUGAGAUCCAAAUUUGUGAGUUUAAUGCCCGUCUUAAAAAGAAAACCAGCUUGUGUUUUUAAGCCUUAUUUGGCGAACACACCAAAGAGCAUCCAACUUGUUCCAAAGCAGAAACAGUUAUCUAUAAUACCAUACAUUGAUAUGACAUCAAAACUUAUGCCAAUGUCGGAAAGAAAACUGGUGCUUGCUUAUAAUCCGUAUGUGAUCAAGAUGGAAAAGAGGAUUCAGUUUGUUCCAAAGCAGAAAGAGUUAUCUAUAAUACCAUACAUUGAUAUGACAUCAAAACUUAUGCCAAUGUUUGAAAGAAAACUGGUUUUUGCUUAUAUUCCGUAUGUUGUCAAGAUGGAAAAGAGCGUCCAUCUUGUUCCAAAGCAGAAGGAGUUAUCUAUAAUACCAUACAUUGAUAUGACAUCAAAACUUAUGCCAAUGUUUGAAAGAAAACUGGUUUUUGCUUAUAUUCCGUAUGUUGUCAAGAUGGAAAAGAGCAUCCAACUUGUUCCAAAGCAGAAAGAGUUAUCUAUAAUACCAUACAUAGAUAUGACAUCAAAACUUAUACCAAUGUCAGAAAGAAAACUGGUGGUUGCUUAUAAUCUGUACGAGAUCAAUAUAGAAAAGAGCAUCCAACUUGUUCCAAAGCAGAAAGAGUUAUCUAUAAUACCAUACAUUGAUAUGACAUCAAAACUUGUAAGUUAUCGAUUGUCGAAAGAUCUUUAA